AUGCCGUCAAUACCUAGCACGGUCGCAGAUCUGGCGGUCGCGAUUGCAAACAGCACCCGAAACAGCUCGCAUGUCACAAUCACUCCUGGCCCUGAAACGCUUCACCUUCAACUCGCGCGUCACGCGAGUCCUGGCAUUGAUAACGCAAACUCAGUCAACACGUCCCUCAUCCUGGCUUCCCAUGAGCGACAUGAGAUCCAGCUCAUGGCCACCAUCACCUCCAGCGUGAGCGUCUUAGCGGCACUCUGCGCGUUGUACUGGUUUUACAUGAUGAGACGCAACUUCCGGCGUGACCUUGUUCUGAUGCUGAUUUGUGCGGACUUCUGGAAGAGCUUGUGGUAUCUAAUAUACACUUCCAAUGCAUUAGCGCAUGGCCAGGCCAUCUCUGGGUCGAAGCUGUGUCAGGCGAGUGGGUAUCUGUUGCAGAUUGGCAUAGAGUCUUGCGCAUUUUCCUCAGACGUCGCUAUCCUGCUUAUGAGCUUGCACUUGUCCUUGCAGAUCUUCCCACCGAAGGACUCAUUUCUCGGCCACGAUGGGCUCUAUCGAAUCCGGUAUCUCGUCGUCGUGGCUUGGAUCAUCAUACCGAACAUCAGCGCAUCGCUAGCCUUCGUCAACCCUAGGCUGCCUUACGUGGCGACAGGCGCAUUCUGCUAUCUGCCGAUCCGACCAUACUGGUACCGGAUUGCAUUGUCAUGGGCGCCAAGGUACUUGAUAUGGCUGUACAUCAUGUUUGUAGCCAUUCGCAUCUACCGCCAUGUCGGUAAGGAGUUUGAGGUCUUCGGCGCUGAGAAGGACCGCAGCAGUAGCGUGGAAAUGCCCGGCAGAAGCGCCGUAGCUACAGUUAUGGCAACUCAAGCUCUCGCUACAAUCAAGCUCUCGCCCACGCCUCCUACUUUCGACGCGGAUCUCGAGAAGCAGGUGUCUAAUGAGGAAGACGUAGCGCCCGAUGAUACUCAUGUUGUUGCCUCGGAAAGCACGUCGUUCAAGGUGGCUCGUUCGCAUCGCUCUGACUCUACGCCUUCUCUGGCUUAUCCUUCCAGCCGCCGACCGUCAGGUCCGAACUGGUCGACCGCGUUCGGCUUCCCUGUGGAGCCCCUGACUGGACCUGUGUCGACGAAAAGCGCAUCUAACUCUCGAAGAGGCAGUCGGCAGAUAGCAGCGGGUGUCAUGGCCGAGGACUUUGCGCCAGCUUCCACCCCCGACCUUACUCGCCACCGCGGCUCCAUCGUCACACUCAGCAGCAUGCGAUCACACACCCAGUCCAUCGACAGCGCACAUGUUCUGCCACCCAUUAAAGAGGACAAACGAACCUCCGCCUCGACAGAAGGUUCAAUAACCGUAGCCCAGAACGCCGCCACAUCACCGGUCGAUGUCCGUCGUCGCGCCAUCCAACGCCAACUCCGCCUCCUCUUCAUCUACCCCGUCAUCUACAUCAUCCUUUGGACCGUGCCGUUCAUAUUUCACUGCUUCGACUACAGCGACCACUACGCCCAACAUCCCAUAUUUCAACUCUCCGCUGUCAACACCUUCUGCCAAUGCUUUCUAGGCUUCGCCGAUGUUUGCGUCUUCUGCUGGCGUGAGAAGCCUUGGCGGCAUGUGCCAGGCAGUGAUGGGACGUUUCUGGGUAGUCUCUGCUUCUGGCGGUUUUGCUUCCAAGAGGAGUGGGUGCGGAGGGAGAGCAAGGCGCCGCAAGCCGCUGCAUCGAGCGACCAAAAGGCAGGAAUCGAGAACGCUGGGCCCGCUCAGUCACAGACUGGGCUGAUUGGCGCUAUCAAGCGCUUCUCGCUGAGCUUUACCUACUCACCACGGUCGUUGGAAGCUUCGAACGCGUCAGCUGCGCCAAGUAGUGCUGGGCCGCCGGGAUCGAUCGUGCACCGAAGAACGCGGAGUGGAGGGUCAGACCGUAAGCAGAUGGAGAUUGAGCAUGCGCAUCGCCGGUUAGCGUUGGAGAGAAAAGACUAUGAGGCGCAAAGGCGGAGUCUGAACGAGCGGCGAGCGAGCGUGAUCAGUAUGCAGCAGUCGGCGGAGGGCGGGAAGGAGUGGUGGGAGCGACAUCAUCAAGAUGCCCUGCGAGAGGAUGUUGAGCCGAAGGAUGGUGGGCAGAGCGGUGGGGGGAGAGUGUAG